AAACAUCUGCAUUUCACAACGAGGCGUGGUUUAGAACGGACAGGUGGGCUGCUACUGCUGUAUAACUGCUGUGAGCAUUAAUUAAACUAGGAUAUUUCUAUCUAUCCCGGAGACCAACACAUCAUCAUGCCGAAGUGCCCAAAAUGCACGAAGGAAGUUUACUUCGCGGAGAGAGUGACAUCACUGGGGAAGGACUGGCACAGACCCUGUCUGAAGUGUGAGAAGUGUAACAAGACGCUGUCGGCCGGAUCACACGCAGAGCACGAUGGCAAGCCUUACUGUAACAGCCCCUGCUACUCUGCACUAUUUGGGCCUAAAGGAUUUGGACGUGGGGGAGCUGAAAGCCACACAUUCACUAAGUAGACCAACUCAGGUUCAUCCACCACACCAAAUGGGUUACAAGAAGAAGGCAACUCAGCAUUCUACAACAUCCUCCAAACUAUGCUAAACAAAAACAAACAACCAAAAAGACUCCUUUUUGGAACCACCGUUUUGUGUUAUUUUCUGUCUUUGUGUUGUCUAGAGGAAUCAGUCUUAAUACACAUUUGAAUUGGCUAUAGUGAGAUGUUUACUAUAAUCCCACUAGUUAAUCGGAGGGUUGUACACUAACCUCUCUGUUCCUGUACAUGUUUUUCAAUUCUGAUUAAACAGUCUUUUUCAAAAUGUU